GCCUAUGCGUCGGCGUUCUUACGCUACCCUGCCGUCAGGGUGUCCAAGGCGUCCAAGGCGAUCGGCCAGGUCUUCCUGUCGCGCAUGGACGAAGGCAAGGACUGUGCAUCAAGACGCAGUUCCACAUCGCGCUCAGCCACCCUGAGAGCGGCUCUUCCUUGAGUCGAUCGUGUUCCUGCUGAAUAUCUUCAUGGCUAUGGUAUACACACCCCCGUACAGCCUCUUUAUUGCUUUCCCGCUUACCCGCCCGCCCUGGGUAGAUCGUCUUCGAGUAAAAUCGCGACUGGUUCGUCGGAAUCAGCGGCCUUGCCUUCCUCGGCGCACCGGUAGACAUCCUCCUGGCGCUCACUUCAGCUUCUUCGACAGCGCGCGCUACGUGCAAGUCUCUGGACCGCAUGGCGGGUUUUCAACGCGCGAGGCGUGCCUGUUCAGCAGAAUGAUCGGAGCGCCCCUGCUCGUCAUGGGUCUCGCAUGGUUCGCCGACAGCGACGCGCCAGAGACGCACUGGGUCGUCCUGAUCAUCGGACGCGCAACCUUUGGCUCGCGGCAAACUCGCUGUGUCGGUCGCCCUUUGACAUGGAAUCACCACUAUUCAAACCUAACCAGUACGCCAACUUCGGAACGCAAAAAGGGUGCAUUGACCCCCGCGAUCCUCCACGCGGUGUGCCUGUCGAUGCCGUUCCUCUUCUUACAGUACGGUGAAAGCUUCCGCCAAAGGUGCAAGUACAGCGCCGAGGCCCCUCGCAUACACGAACCCUUGCAGCAGAGGGCGCGCACAGCACCAAGCAGCAGGCAGACGAAACGGACGGGGCGCAGAUCAGCAAUUUUAACAGCGCCAGCGCCAGAAAUUCCAGCCGUAGUGGAAGCAGCACCAGCAACAGAGAGCAGCCUGAUGUAGACGCUGGCGCUACCCAAACAGCUCGCCCCGGAUAGGGUCAGGCGAGAUGCUACCAUAGCCGCCUGAGCGAGCUGCGAUUCCAAUAUUGUUUGCCUUCGCAGCACGGAACGACCUGCACGACCAUACUUCCCAACCUUCUGUUCUGUGCUUGCUAGCUU